AAUGUGAUACGCACUUCACUUUAUUACUGUGAAACCGAUAGCCCGUAUAGUCCAUUACACGAUUAUGUACAUUUUACCGACACUGUGUUUAGCUCUAAUUAUAUGGUGCGCUAGGGCCUCUAAACUUAUUGAUGAUUUUCACGAUGCAAAUAGCAAAUUCACCGCCGAAGGUUACAAGAUUAUACGAAGGCUCAACCUUACCAGUAACUUUUUAUUCUGCCCUUUAUCUGCCCAAAUAGUAGUUGCAUUAAUUCGCGCUGGUGCGAAUGGUACAACAGCAGAUGAACUUGCUUUACAUAUACAUAACCCGAAAACAAAGCAGUUGUUCUCAAAAGUGCUUUCCAGUAUCAAAUCCAAACAGAAAUGUGAAUUUAAAAUGGCUACCAACUUAUACAUCUCUGAUAAAUAUCACGUUAAGAAGCAGUUCAAGAAUUUUUCCAAAAAGGUUUUUCGAGCUACAACUGAAGUUGUAAAUUUCAAUGAAACGAAAAAAGUAAUCAAUUAUAUUAAUGAUUGGGUUGCAAACCAAACCAAGCACAAUAUCAAAGAAAUUGUAAGUAGUCCAGACAUUCACAAAGGAACGGAGAUUAUAGCCGUAAAUGGGUUAUAUUUUAAUGGCGAUUGGUUAUACCCGUUCGAUCCUACAUUCACAGAUAGGAUAAGAUUUCACGUGAAUAACAACAAAAGCAUUUUAAUUAACAUGAUGAGAUCAGAAAAUAAAUUUAAAUAUCGUAAAGACGCGGUGUUGAAAGCUCAGUUUCUCGAACUGCCAUUUUACGACCAAGAUGUAAUUAUGACGUUUAUAUUACCUACCACCAGAUUUGGUCUUGAUAAGAUCGAAGAAAAUAUUUCAGAUUAUCUUCCCCAUCGAAGGUCUUUAAACUACCAUGCAGUUAGCGUUACAAUUCCUAUAUUUAAAGUAGAAUGCAACAUUGACCUCGUCGCGAUUUUAAAAAAUGUAUGUACAUUUCAGAUGGGCGUGCGGACGCCAUUUUCAAUAGGAGCAGACUUUAGUAGAAUGAGUGACACUACACCAUCUCCAGUAGUGGGGAACAUCAUUCAGAAAACGUUUUUGGAAAUCAACGAAAAAGGAGCUACGGCAGCAGCUUCUACUGCGUUAUUGAAGGUAGAAAUGUACCACCACGAAACAUUUUCUUGGCGAAUAAGCCAUUUUUGUAUUACUUAUGGCACAAGAAAGUUGGAAUAUUCUUUAUAGGCAGAUAUACUAGCCCAAAGGAAUAGUAAACAAUAAAAACAGUAAAAAAUAUAGCAUAAAUAUCUUGAAGUACUUACCAAAUAUGUAUUACUGAAAUUCUUUAAGGAAUGGCUAUUAGACUACAUCUCCAUUCCCGAGGACAUACAAUCAGAAGCACUACUAAGACACUAAGACAGUACCCAGCUAACGCCAAAUUUUAAAAAAAUGUAUAUCGCGUUCCGGCUGGAAGGUUAUCACUAGGAAUUCGCUUUCAUUAGUUUGUUGUAGUUUUUUCGUGUUUGUCGUAUGUUUGACUUCAAUGAUCACAAGUGAUUUUGUGUGUUCAGGAAAAAAUUCCACGUCCCUUCCAAAGCCAAUAGUCAAUUCUAUGUUGCAGAAAGGUCAAUUUGACAUCCAAUAUUUUGGGACUAUAACUAUAGUUUCUUGCAAUGUUUAACAUUACCAUAAAUAGAAAGACAAACUACGAAACCGGUUUUAGUCAAUCUUUCAAUUUCUUUUCUACAAGACGCAACGGUUAAAGAGAGAAAGAGAGAGAGAGAGAGAGACUAAAUAAUUAAAUAAAUCUUCAUGUUCAGUUACGCAGCUAAACGUGUUAGAUGUGUCAUGAUUGGAACCAAUGUUCUUGCCCGUACCUUUUAAAGUAGGUACCACAUUGUGUACUUGUACUAAAUAUAACUACUUUUUAAGAAAACGACUGCCACUAUUGAUUAGGACUAAAUAAAAGUGUUUCUAUUCGUCAUGAUACCAUUAUGAAAGGUCUCCACGAAAAGAUUCAUGUUCUGUCAACUCCCAUCGCAUCCUCUUAUUCUCUAUCUAGAUUGCUUAUACUGCUUGAGUGUCGGAAGAGGGUGUCUGCAAAGGGAGACUGGAACGUUUCAACCAGCUUAUUUAUCUGUUGGUGGGAUCAUUUCAAGUGCGAAUGUCUCAAUAACGAAGUGCCAGUAUAUUCGAAGCAAUAAAAUUAGUAAAA